CCACAUGUAAAUAAAAAUUAGCAUGGCCAAUUGCCAUUAUUUUUGUGUUCAAAUGUUCAAAGCCUGAGCUUCCCCGUCAUGUUAGAAGUCAGGCUUCUUUGGAAAUGGGGGAUGAAUAUGUGCAUGUGCAGCCGUUUAGGAUGGACCUAUGGACUGGUGAAGUACACUGAACUCAUUACCAUAUUGCAAAUCUUAUUUUACUGUCCAGAUUUACGGAUCCUGACAAGGACACGUCAUGCCACAGUGCCACUUGUGCAACAGGUUGGAAAUGUAUACACGAAUCAUUUGCCAACAUGGUACUUGCAUUGCAUAGUUUGGUCCAAGGAAACUGCCCAUUGACGCAAAAUAACUGGCAGACUGAAUUUAGUCUUAUCACCUUCGUAGUAGUAUAUAGAAUGUUAGAAUCUCACUUUUUUCUGCAAGUUUGGGCAGCUAGUUCCGAUAACAGCUUGCAUUGCUUGUCAUUUGAAAGAUCAGCUUGAAUGCGGCAACCACCAUGGAUGCAAUCUUCACCUCUCUGCUUCUCCUCACAUUGAUCCAUCUGCUUUUGUACUCCUCCUCAGCUCUUGAAUCCCUCUUGCCAGGCUCCCCUCUCUCUGUUGAACGCAGCUUGGAUCUGCUCUACUCACCAGAUCGUACUUUCACCUGUGGCUUCUACAAUAUCUCCCCCAAUGCCUCCACCUUCUCCAUCUGGUUCUCAAACUCCUCCGAGAAAACUGUUGUCUGGAGCGCAAAUCCUCUCCACCCUGUGUACACAUGGGAAUCAAAAUUUGAGUUGAAAUCCGAUGGCGGCAUGCUGUUGAAAGAUUAUAAUGGCCAGGUUGUGUGGACCAACAACGUGAGCUCUUCAAAUGCGGAGCAAGUUCAAGCUAAGCUCUUGAAUACUGGAAACCUCAUCGUGAAGAGCAAAGGUGACACCAUUCUAUGGGAAAGCUUUGCUUUUCCUACUGAUACCUUGCUACCCACUCAAAACAUUACUGCUCGAAUUAAGCUCAUAUCUACUAAUAGAUUACUUGCCCCUGGUCGCUUUAGUUUCCACUUUGAUGAUCAAUAUCUACUUUCGCUGUUUUAUGAUGAGAAGGAUCUCUCGUUGAUCUACUGGCCAGAUCCAACUCAGAAUAUCUGGGAGAAGCACAGAAAGCCGUUUAAUAGCACUGCAAACGGUGCUGUUGAUAGCCAGGGACAUUUUCUUGGAAGUGAUGAUGCAAACUUCACAGCUGCUGAUUUGGGUCCUAGGAUUAUGAGGAGAUUAACACUAGAUUAUGAUGGCAAUCUCAGGUUGUACAGUCUGAACGAUUCAAGCGGAACAUGGUCAGUCACAUGGAUGGCAUUUCCUCAGCUCUGCAAUGUACGUGGUGUGUGUGGUAUAAAUGGAAUAUGUGUGUAUAGGCCUGCGCCUACAUGUGUGUGUGCCCCUGGUUAUCAGUUCAGUGACCCAAGCGAUUGGAGCAAAGGCUGCAGCCCAAAGUUCAAUAUCACUAGAGAACAGAAAGUAAGGCUCCUUAGGCUCCCAAACACUGAUUUCUUAGGGAAUGAUAUAAGGGCUUAUCCUCAUGUUUCUUUGCACGAUUGCAAGAAGAUAUGCUUGAAUGACAGCAACUGUGUGGGGUUUGCAUACUGGCAAGGAAAAGGUUAUUGCUAUCCGAAGACUGCUCUUCUUAGUGGUGUAAGCUUAAUUGGUAGUACUGGUACCAUGUAUAUUAAGCUUCCUCAGGAAUUAAAAGUGUCGGAUCAUCAAGUCCCCCGUUCACAGCCUUUUGAUCAGAAAUAUGUCAAAUACUGUACUACAGUUGACAAAUAUUUUGUACCGGAUUUCUUGGAUAAGCUUAAGAGCGGUCAAAAUGAAUCGAAGUAUUGGUACUUCUAUGGUUUCUUGUCAGCAAUAUUUGUUGUAGAGGUAUUAUUCAUUAUAUUUGGAUCACUUAUUUUGCAAAGGGAGGACAAACAACUAAGAGAACUAGCUGAGGUUGGCUAUGAAAUGAUAACCAACCAUUUUCGCAGAUACACCUACAGAGAGUUGGUGACAGCUACUAGAAGGUUUCAGGAUGCAAUUGGACAAGGAGCAUCAGGCGUUGUAUACAAGGGGGUCUUGAAGGACAAGAGGGUAGUAGCUGUGAAAAAGUUGCUAGACAUAAACCAGGGGGAAGAAGAAUUUAAGCAUGAACUGAGUGUGAUUGGCAGGAUCUACCACAUGAAUCUAGUGAGGGUUUGGGGAUUUUGUUCUGAUGAUUCACACAGGAUAUUGGUUUCAGAAUACGUGGAGAACGGUUCAUUGGAUAAAAUAUUGUUUGACAGUCAGGAAUCACAAGCCUUACUAGAAUGGGAGCAAAGAUUUAAGAUUGCUCUAGGUGUGGCUAAGGGAUUGGCAUAUCUUCAUCACGAGUGCUUGGAGUGGGUCAUCCACUGUGACAUAAAACCUGAAAAUAUACUGCUUGAUGAGAAUUUGGAGCCAAAGAUAGCUGACUUUGGCCUUGCAAAGUUGCUACAUAGAGGAGGAUCCAAUUUAAACGUGUCACGGAUCCAAGGAACUAGAGGCUAUUUAGCGCCUGAAUGGGUUUCUAGUCUUCCGAUAACAGCAAAGGUUGAUGUCUACAGCUUUGGAGUGGUGCUUCUAGAACUACUAAAAGGAGCUCGUGUUUCGGACCUUGAAACAAACAAAGAUGAGGAGGUGGAAAUGGUUCUCGGAAGAAUCAUUAGAAUGCUAGCAGAGAAUCUAACGUCUGAUGGGGAUGAACAGUCAUGGAUUGCUGACUUCAUUGACGCCAGAUUAAACACUCGAUUCAACAACUUGCAAGCAAGAGUGAUGAUGGAGCUUGCAGUUUCAUGUCUGGAAGAAGACAGAGCCAGAAGACCCACCAUGGAAAGUGUGGUGGAGAUGCUUGUUUCUGUUGAUGAAGCCGGUUGAACAAUGUUGGAGUCUUCUAUUUCUGGGUGAAGAGAUCUGUCGUUUGACUGUGUGGUAAAUUUUCUCGCAAGAUAUCAUCUACUAUACUACUAUAAAUGUGUCCAAGCCAGUGAAUGUAUCAUUUUAUUAAUUAUUAUGUACUACAUACACAAUGUGUUGUUUUAGAAAUAACAGUACUGGAACUAAAGUGCAAUAUUUUGUUGCAAUAAUGCCAACUAUGACUGAAGAGUGGAUCA